GUUUUCCGUUGAUCCGCUGUGGCGCGGUAGUAUAACAAAAGACAGUCGUCCGUAGCUGAUAGAGUGGAUAUUUUCAGUCGGAGUUUGUUGUUUUACUCGUCUCGUAAACCCGAGUUCUUCAGUAUUAUUUACAUUAUUCAGAAGAUCGUUCUUUGGACCGACAUGACAUGAAAGGAGCGUGAUAGCGGACAGGUUCAUGUUUACGGUGCAAGCGUCCCUUUUUUGCGGGAACCACAGAGCCUCCGCGUGGGGCUAGGGGACCAUGUUCCGUCCUGGAGGAGAGAGAGACUUCCAGACGUCGGCUCGAAGGAUGGGAACGUCCCUGCUCUUCCAGCUGUCGGUCCAUGAGCGCGAGCUGGACCUCGUGUUCCUUGACCACAGCUAUGCCAAACCCUGGAAUGCCCACCCGGAUGCCAGCAGCGCACGGCCCACCCGCAUGCUGUUCGUCACCCCUCGACGGCAACCGGAUCCUUCUGUUGAUUCGGACAUUUCCAUUGAUGUAGAGACGGUCACACCCACUCCAAUGCCUCUCUAUGACAAUCAGAAAGCUCGUAGUGUGAUGAACGAGUGUGAACGCCACGUUCUGUUUGCACGCACCGUCGCUGAUGGGCCACCUCCUCCCGAUGAUUGGGAAGAACACAUCAACAAGGCUGGCUGGUCGUUGGCUCAGAACAAGCUCUUCAAUAAAGUAUUAAAAGCCCUACAGGCAGAAAGACUCGGCAGACUGGCCAAUGAGGGUGCCUGUAAUGAACCUGUCCUACGCAGGAUAGCUGUGGAUAAAUGUGCUCAUAAGGUACGCCAUGCUCUGGCCAGUGUCGGCUGGGACAUAAAGCUGACACAGUGGCUGCAUAACACACUUGUGGAGUCUUUGAGUCUUGCUAUGCUGGCGGCUUACCUCGAUGUACUGCAAACACUCAAAAGCAAGGUACCAUCCCUGAUUGACAGGAUGUUGCUGUCAUCUUCUGUAAAAACAGGAGCGGCAGGGGCUGAGGCUCUUUCUCUGCUCCUUAAGCGCCCAUGGGACCCUGCUGUGGGUGUACUCUCACACAACAAACCAAGUAAACUUCCUGGAUCUCCACUGAUCCUGAUAGCUCCAUCAGGACCAACCAACCCUGCCUUCUCUACCUCUCGUCGAAUGAGAUUCUGGCAAUCUCAGCUCUCCUGUCUAGGGAAGGUUAUUCCCAUUAACGUUCAUGUGGGCAGUGGAGCCAACAUCGGAAUCACGCAGUGUUUAGAGCACAUGAUCGGCACAGUCAGAGGAAAGGUCAUUGAGGUUCAUAGUCACUUUCCUCACAAACCGAUCAUCUUGGUGGGCUGGAAUGUGGGGUCAUUGAUCUCUUGUCAUGUGUCCCUUAUGGAGUACAUGACGGCUGUUGUGUGUUUGGGUUUCCCUCUUCAAACUGUCAGUGGGCCACGAGGGGAUGUUGAUGAUCCGCUGUUGGACAUGAAGACUCCUGUGCUGUUUGUGGUUGGUCAGAAUGCACUACAGUGCAGUCCUGAGAACAUGGAGGAGUUCAGGGAAAAGAUUCGAGCUGAUAACAGCAUGGUAGUUGUUGGAGGGGCAGAUGACAACUUGAGGAUCAACUCCACUAAGAUGAAGACAGAAGGCCUGACCCAGACCAUGGUGGAUCGCUGCAUUCAAGACGAGAUAGUUGAUUUUCUGACAGGAGUUUUGACUCGUACUGAGAGUCAUGGUCAUGGCUCAGGUGAAACACGAGAUUUGGAUGCAGAGAAGAAGAAAAAACCUCGUCGUGAGCUGCCCUUUGACCUUGAGAGGUCAAGACCCUCGUCACCUGCUGUGAGGGUACCCAUCUCCCCAUCUGGUUCAGAGGAUAUGUCCAGUGUCUGCAGUAGUCCUACAGCCAGUCCCAAACCCAAGACCGUCGGGCUUUCUCCAGCUCAGAAAUCCAGUCUCAUUACUGCCACACAGCUACUGAAGACCCACAUGCAGCGCUCAGGAACUGUGCUCACACAAAAGCAAGCGCAAGCUCAGUUUGCUGCUUUUAUGAAACAUAAUAUGCUGGUGAGGAAAAGCAUUCCUCCUGGCAGCCCUUCAUGUCUCUUUGUGCCGGUGCCCAGUGAGCAGGUGGAGGGUUUGGACCGAGACGACGUAAGGCUCCACCUCAAGAGAAGACAAACUCCCAGUCCCACUCCCACCAAAGCCUCCAAAAGAGCCAAGAUCAAAGUCACCAUCGUCUCCCAUGGAGACGCGGCAGGAAGCACGGCUGGUUCCACUGCUCAGGAAGUGGGUUUGUCAGGAAAACCCCUUGGACUCACAGUGGGCCAGACGGUGUCGGGGGCCAAAGAACUGUCUGAGCUUCUCAGUGCACAAAGGUCUGGAGGUUUGGCAGAUGUGUCUGGAGUUUUGGGUUCCAGUGAGGGGUCAUUUCACAGCCUUCAGGGGAGUGUGAUGUCGGGUUCUUCCUCUCCUGUCCAGGCUCAGGCCCCCGCCACUGCACAAGCUCCCUCUGCCAGUAGUCUUCUGCAGGGCCUCAGCCUCAGUCUGCAGGAGAUCAACACGAAAUCACCAGGCGUUCCCUCCACCACACAGGUGUCAGGAGGGAAGCCCCAGUGCCCAGGGCAGGUGUUGAGCUCUCUCAGCUCGAGCAGCGGGACGCUAGUGCGGGCGGUGCCGGUCGUGUCUACUGGCUCCGGGAUGACCAAAACCACAGCGAUCCACCAGCUCCUCACCAACGGCGGCCUGGCCAAACUAGCCAAUAGUCUGCCAGGACUGGCCCAUGUCUCCAGUCAGAGCACGGGGCUGAAAGCUCCUACCACCAUCACAGUGACGUUGCGAGGGCAGCCCAGCAGAAUUCCCGCUCUCAGCCACACGGGGGCGACAGCGCCCUCUCACAGCGCACCUGAGCACCAGUGACCAGAAACGGAUGAUAUGUGAAGCUGAAAUGGCCAUCACUGAAAUCCAACAGCACAAACAGAUGAACCCAGAGGAAUCAAAUGGAUUUAAACCCGGUUUAAAGAUUUUCAGACUGGUGAUUUGCCUUACAACCUGCAAGAGCGCCCUCUAUAGACACUGUCUUGCACACAUGGACUGAAGACUUGACUUUACACUUAUGCAUUUGUCUAUUUGUAUUAUUUUCUUUUUUUCUGUGGCACUUUGGCUGUGCAGUGUCAUGGGCAAUUUUCUAUUUUUUAUUUGUUUUUUUCCCCCAUUUUAAUAUAUUUUUCCAUACAUCAAUUCAAAAUAUUUAUGUGAACAUACUGAUUUGUUGGAAAAAUUCUCAAUCACUGUUAUUGUUCUUAGAUAUAACAGGUUCUUUUUCUUUCUGUCUCCAAAAAAGAAGAAAAAAAGAUGUUUUGCCAGUACAGAAUAUUUGAUUCAGUUGAUUUUGCAAAAAAUAGUUUGUUGUUAAAAUGUUUUGCACAAAACCCCAGCAAAGCCUGAGCUUUAUUUCCUUACAGCCAUAAAGAGCCUGAGAGAAAUGGAUCACUAAACUGUCAAAAAAGAUAAUAAAUUCAAAUGUUUAAAAGGUGA